AUGGCCUCUUCUAAGUCUUCUCUUUCCCAUCCUCUCCAUUCUCUCACAAUCCCCCUCUUCAUUCUCCUCCAAAUCCAAACAUGUGUCUCUUCAUCACAAAUACAAAAACCCCUCCUACUGCCUCUAAAAACACAGACACCCUCACGGAAGCUCUCUUUCCAGCAUAAUGUAACACUAACCGUCUCGCUAACCGUAGGGUCGCCCCCACAGAACGUUUCCAUGGUCCUCGACACAGGGAGUGAACUCUCCUGGCUCCACUGCAAAAAACUCCCAAACCUAAACUCAACCUUCAACCCUUUGCUCUCAUCCUCUUACACCGCAACUCCAUGCAAUUCAUCCAUAUGCAAGACACAAACUCGUGACCUUAUCCUACCCUCUUCCUGCGACCCCAACAAACUCUGCCACGUCAUGGUCUCCUACGCAGACGCCUCCUCCAUCGAGGGCACCCUCGCCGCAGAAACCUUCACCAUCGGCGGCGAAGCGCAACAGGGAACCUUGUUCGGGUGCAUGGACGCCGCCGGGUACACCUCCGACGCGAACGAGGAUUCCAAAACAACCGGUCUAAUGGGAAUGAACCGAGGCUCUCUCUCGCUCGUGACCCAAAUGGCGCUCCCCAAAUUCUCGUACUGCAUCUCCGGGAAGGACGCUUCUGGCUUCCUCCUCCUUGGCGGCGGAGCCGCCGGAGAGCCGUGGCUGGGGCCGCUGAAGUAUACACCUUUAGUGACGGCGACAACCUCGUUGCCGUACUUUGACCGCGUGGCGUACACCGUCCAGCUCGAGGGGAUUAAAGUUUCGGAGAAACUUCUGCAACUUCCGAAGUCGGUGUUCGUGCCCGACCACACCGGAGCUGGUCAGACGAUGGUGGAUUCGGGUACCCAGUUCACGUUUCUUCUGGGGUCGGUUUAUUCAGCAUUGAAAGUUGAGUUCUUGGAGCAAACUAAGGGGAUGCUGACCCGAAUUGAGGACCCAAACUUUGUGUUUGAGGGGGCAAUGGACUUGUGCUACCACGCGCCGGCGAGUUUGACGGCGGUUCCGGCAGUGACGCUGGUAUUUGAGGGGGCGGAGAUGAGGGUGUCCGGCGAGAGGCUGUUGUACAGGGUGAGGAAGGGGAGUGAUUGGGUUUAUUGCUUCACUUUUGGGAACUCUGAUUUGUUGGGAAUUGAGGCGUACGUGAUUGGGCAUCAUCAUCAGCAGAACGUGUGGAUGGAGUUUGAUUUGGUCAAUUCUAGGGUGGGUUUCACAGAGACAACGUGUGACCUCGCGAGUCAACGGUUGGGCCUCUCUCCUUAG